UUCAUCACACUCUUCCAUCUUCUCCUUUUCUUGCCAUAGUUGUUUGCUUUUUAAUUAAUGAGUUUUAUUUUACUAGCUGUGGUUCAUGAUUCUCAAAAUUGGAGAACAAUGGAUGAUUUCUAGAUGGCUACAUGUUCAUCACUGCAGGAUCUUCAGGAUAUUUACAUGAUAUGGGACUGCAUGUGUUAUUCCGCUCUAUAAAUAACCCCAAAUUUUCAGCCUAGUUGCUUUGAGAGGGGAAGGCAGCUUUAAGGAAUAGGAUUUUGUAAACAGAUUAUUAUAAUCAGUGUCUCUUAUUUUGCAGAUAUAUUCUUGAAGAUGGAUUCUGUUGGGAAAUCCAUUCAUGGAGCCAAAUACGAGUGCUUGCUCUUUGAUAUGGAUGAUACUCUGUACCCCAUGAGCACAGGUCUCAACUUGGCUUGCCGCAAGAACAUCGAAGGGUUCAUGUUACAACAUUUGCAUAUGGAAGAAGCUGAAGUACCAAGGUUGUGCUUGGAACUGUACAAGGAAUACGGGACAACAAUGGCGGGCCUGAAGGCUCUUGGUUAUGAAUUUGACAACGAUGAGUUUCAUACUUAUGUCCAUGGAAGACUACCCUACGAGGUUCUUAAGCCUGAUCCAGCUUUAAGGAAUCUUCUACUAUCCGUGCCACAAAAGCGUAAAAUUAUCUUCACUAAUGCAGAUAAAGCACAUACAGCUCAAGUUCUCAGCAGGUUGGGUUUGGAAGAUUGUUUUGAAGGCAUCAUUUGCUUUGAAACGCCUAACCCUCCCCCAGAUGCUGAUUGCAUUAAUGUACUAGAUCGUGGCGAUGCAGUCCUCGCCGGAGGAGCCUCUGAGGCCAAUGCCACCGGUUUAAGCUCCAAGUCACGAGUCCUCUGCAAACCAUCUGUGGAAGCCAUUGAAGCUGCCAUUCGAACAGCAAACAUUGACCCAAAUAAAACAAUUUUCUUCGAUGACAGUGUUAGAAACAUUGCUAGUGGGAAAGCAGCCGGACUCCAUACUGUUAUCCAGGUGGGGAGCUCAACACUAGUGCCCGGUGCAGAUCAUGCCUUGAGAAGUAUCCACAAUAUCGAAGGAGCAUUACCUGAAAUAUGGGAAGGCGAAGGAGGACAGAUCGAGCAGGUUAUUCAGCCCAGUGCUGUUGCAACCGUUGUCCUUGCAUAGUUUUCCCCUUAGCCACACAUUUAUGUAAACUUCCCAUACAACAUUGUAAAUAAAGUGACUGCAGAAUUCCCUAUGUUAAAAGCUUCUUAAAAUGUCACCAAAAGGGUAAAGGACAUAAA